AUGGGGGCAGCAAAGGCAACAUAUUAUAAAGCUUGGGAAAAGAAAAUGAGUGAAUUGAAGCAGCUGGACCAAAAAGCUUGGGAGUGGUUGAUGGGUGUGCCUACUAGAGGAUGGUGUAAGCAUGCAUUUAGCUUUUAUCCAAAAUGUGAUGUCUUGAUGAAUAAUAUAAGUGAGUCAUUUAAUAGCACAAUACUAGUUGCUAGGGAUAAGCCAAUUCUAACAAUGUGUGAGUGGAUUAGAAACUAUUUAAUGAACAGGAUGGCAAUUAGUGUCUCUAAGCUUGAUAAGUGGCAACACAAUGUGAUGCCUAUCCCUAGGAAGAGGCAUGUUGUGGCUGCAAUGAGUUACGAGAAAAAAUCACCAGAAUCUUAUGUAGAUAACUACUAUAAGAGGGAGGCUUAUAAGCUUUGUUAUAGCUUUAGUGUAAGCCCUAUAAAUGGUAUGGAUAUGUGGCCUAAUGUUGAGGCUGACGAAAUGCUACCACCAUCCUAUAAGAAAGGUCCCGGUAGGCCUAAGAAACUAAGAUUUAGAGAACAUGAUGAGGGUGGUGCAAGGAUGAGGAGGCCCGGUGUUGCUUAUAGGUGCACCAAUUGUGAUAAAUUUGGUCACAAUUCAAGAAAGUGUAAAAGUGCCAAAAAUAACCAAGAUGCUUUGAUACGAAAGAGAAAGCUAACAAAUAAACAACAAAAAUCUGACAUGGAAGGUGAAACUGUUGCUGAAACUGAACCUGUAGUUGCUCACGUUACUGCUGUAAUUGAAGAAGAAGUUGUUACUGAUAUUUAA